CUAACAGGAGACGAGCGCAUGGCACUCCUGUACUCGAGCGGUACGACAGGCAAGGCGAAGGGCGUCUCUAUCCACCACAGCGCCGGCAUCGCCAACUUGGACAUGCUGUCCCACCCCAGUUACUUCGUGGGGGGGUUGUCCACUGCUGAUUCACCGUGCUUCGCGCUGGCGCUGCCCAUUUACCAUCUCUCUGGGUUCCUGGUCAUUUCCAGCCUGGCGUUGCUCCAUGGAGUCAAACUGGUCAACAUCACCAAGUUUAACCCUGAGACGUAUAUUGAAAUCCUAAUUGAAAAUAAAGUCAACAUCCUGCACUUGGUAUCCUACCUAAUGAAUUUCGUGCUCAAGCACCCGAAAUUCACGCGUCAGAACUUCGGUCAUGUUGAUGCCGCGAUAGCAGGAGCCAUCCCCGUACCUGCUACCGCUGCUGCUAAGGUCUACGACGCCAUCUCCACGCACGGCCAAUUCUUCCACGCGUACGGGAUGACCGAGACGUUGAUCAGCCACCAGGACCCCGUGGGGGACACGCGGGUGGGGUUCACGGGGCAGCUUCUGCCGGGGCACGAAGGGAAGGUGGUCGACCUCACGACAGGGGAGGACCUCCCCGUGGGGCAAGUGGGGGAGCUCUGUACCCGGGGACCAACGCUGAUGAAGGCGUACCACAACAACGCUGAGGCGACGGCCGCGACGCUGGACCAGGACGGUUGGCUGCACUCGGGCGACGUGGGACGCUACGACGUCGACGGCUACGUUAGCGUCGUCGACAGGAUCAAGGAGCUCAUCAAAGUCAACUCUCGGGAUGUAACUGAAGUUUCCAGCAGAACAUUUCAAAGACUGCUAUUUAGACUCUCUCUCUCCAAUGAUGCUAUACACAGGGUGCGUACCGAUCCUGGAAAAUCUGGAAAGUCCUGA